AUGAUGCCUCAACCGGAAAAUCUGAUUCGCCAGUACUAUGUUUCUUUCCUCAGGGGUCUCUUUCCAGACAACAUUGUCAAAGCUGCCAUAUUUACGGAAUCAACGUCCAUUGUGCCUCUGCCAAACAACACCGGUUAUACGACGCAAACCAGCUCGCAGACGAUGGACAACUACGUCGGGUUACUGACGUUCUGCACACUCCUGGGCGCAAUCUUGGCGGGUGACGAGCAGAACAUCGUCCUCAGCUUCUUCGUCGGCCUGAGCAACGUGAUGAUGCUGCUAGCGCACUUGAUCCUUAUCUACGCACCCAUUGGCGUCUUCUUCCUCACCGCGUCAUUUAUAGUGGAGAGCGAAGACCUGCAGGUGCUCAUGUCUUCUAUGGGAAUGUAUGCGUUCGCGGUCCUGCUAGCCAUGGCUAUCCACGGGCUCCUCUUCCUGCCCCUGAUCUACAUCAGCGUGACCAGGCGCAGCUUUAGGGAGUUGCUGUCCAACGUGGCGCUUCCGCUAGUGAUGGCCUUCAGCACGGCCUCUAGCAUGUCCACGGCGCCGGCCACCAUUGCCGUGCUCGAGGAGCGCCGGCGGCUCGAUCCCAGACUCGUGCGGCUCCUAGUACCGGCGGCGUCGGUGAUCAAUAUGGAUGGCACGAGCAUCUACAUAACGGUCAGCACGAUCUUCUUCGCCCAGGUCCAUACCACCGCGCUCUACGUCUACGACUACUUCCUUAUCGGGUACGUUGUUCUCGCAUAA